AGUAUUAGCAAAAUAAGUUAUGUGGUUACAGUGCAAGUAAAAUUAAAUUUAUUUUAAUUUCGUCAAACGAUGAUUCCCCUACGGGUGGCAGUCGUACCCCACAGUUCUGCAUCCGCAUCCUUCUGGAAUCCGUUUGAAAGAUUGGAUGCAUGUUGACAACAACAUGGGUUGCUAAGUUUAUCCAGAAGUCAGAAAUGCUGUUUUUUUUUGUUUUUAUAGUUUUAUGUCGCUUAUUUUAUGUAUCAUCAUUAUAUUGUGUCGGUUCGUGGAUUGCUGAUAUUACUGUAGGUGACCUACGGCCUACGGGAUUGUCGUAGUAAUUACCUUUUUGUUUUACUUUUAAGGAUUAGACGGUUCUGUGUUAACUUCACGCUCAGUGUGUUAGUUGUUAUUGAUGUCACAGCGCGUACUUCAUGGUGUUCUCGGGACCUGAGCAUCUGCAAAUACUAACAUCGUUAGAUUUGAAAGUACCAAAGUGAUCAGUUCGGCGACAUUGAAAUUCUGAUAAAACCUGGCUUGACGUUGAAAUAUCACAUGUGGUUUGUUGACGUGGAUCAGCCUUCCUGUUUCGCGGUCUGGAUAUGCUAGCGUCAGGAUGGAUCAGCGCGCUACUGGGCACGCGCUUACUGUCCCAGUUCUUCCUCAUUCUGUGUUUGAUCUUUUCAUUGGUGGCCUUGACACAUGGGACAUGGUAUUGUAAAAAUCGAGAAUGCACAGAACCCGUUUUCGAGGGAAGAACUACGCAUGAUUAUGAGCCACCGCCAGAUGCCAUCAAAAAUGGAUAUAUCGCUGCUCCAGCUCAUCAGGAUUCUAUAAUCUACCGACUUUCCCAGGAGCCAUUUAUUGUGGAUGCUGAGAUCAAUGGAAAGCGUGGACUCUUGCCACGCGCCAUCAUUGCCAUCACGAAAGAUCAUAUGGGCGAUAAAAAUUACGAAACGAUCGAAGCACCCCCAGCUCCAUAUGAAGUGGAUCCAUAUACGGAGAAACCCGUGGGUGAUGAGGAGAAAACGCAGCCGAAGCCCGUUGACGAAACAGUCAGAGAAAGUCCCGCUCCGGUUCCAGAGAAUGCCGUGAAGGAGCAGAUUCCUGUGCAACCUGGUGAUGCCGGUGUCGAUCAGCCAAAAAGCGAAGACAGUCCGCAGAAUACGAAGCAAGUUGAAAGUAAUGCCGUGGCUGGCGGCAGUCCGAAAGAUGAAUCGGAUUCUGGCACUGCAGCAGUGAAAUCGGACGUGGAGAAGGUUGAGGCUAUCCCACAAAAAGAUAGUACCGCUGCGGAAAGCACGGCAAAUCAACCGGCAGAGGCAAAACCUCAAGAACUUGGCGAUAAAACGGAUGAGCCGAAGGAGAAAAAAGCGGCAGACGGCACGGCAGACCAGCCUUUGACGAACAACAUCGCCAAAGAAGAACCACGAGCUGAUGCUGAUGUAACUGUUAAUAUGGUUUCGGAAAUCGCUAAAGAGGACAAAUCGGCAGCGAUCGUUGCUGAGAGAACAGCGGAUUUAGGAAGGGGUACGGAACAGAAGAGUGCAGACGUUAAACCGGAAACCCCAUCCGGUGAUAGCACUCCAUCCAAUGCAGUUGACCCCAUCCAGGCGCAAAAUGUGAGCGGAACUGAUAAUGCCAAAACCCAAGCGCCGGAAAAACCUAAGGAAAAAAUUGGCGAAUCGGUACCUGCGGAGCCUCCAAAGCCGUCAGGGCCUACGCCAGAUUUAACGAAGCAACCCGCGCUGGAUGAAACCAAGAAAACUCUUGUUGUUGAUCCAGUUAUGGAAACAUCCACCGUUGCUCCCACUGCCUCCAUUAAAGAGUCACCUCUUCCUGCAGCCACUCCGGCUGUUCCGAUCCAACAGCCUUCCACUAUUCCUAAAAUGCCGGAGCCUAAAGUUACAUUUCAGGAUCCCAUGCGGAAUAAUUAUGGUGGCAUGCCGCAGUUGGACCUGGAUCACCCGCGACCUGUGUUCACCACGAAAGUUGCCAAUCGUUUUCACGAUCACCACCAUCAUCACCAUCAUGGAGCGCAUGACCAUUCACAUGAUCACCACGGACAUGCACACCACCACGGACAUGAUCAUCACGGACACCAUGACCAUGCUCAUCACGAUCACGAACAUGACCACGACCACCAUGAUCAUGCGCAUGAAAAACUUGAGAAAAAAGAAUCGGGGAAUGUUAUUUCAGAGCAGCCACUCAGCACUUCACGUGACGAGAAAGCAGUUGAAGAAAAAGUACAUCAUCAUCAUGAGGAACAUUCGCAUUCGGAUAAACCCAAAGCCGCUGACUCAGUGCAGUCGGAAUCAGCCGUUGGAGUGGCAAAUAGUGCGAUAAGUCCAGCAGAUCUUCCGGUAGAACAGGCUCUGUUGGUUAAUGCGAAUUUCACGUUCAUUCCGCCAGAAGAUGCCACACAUGCCCCUGUGAACUAUACUCAGUUGGUUCUGGAUCGCAUGGAAGGAAAAACGAUACCGGGAUUUUUAAACGAAGCUCUGGACAAAGAACCGUCUGAAGGAUAUCCAGUUCCGCCGCCCCUGGAUCCGGCCACAGCCACGGAGGCGCCCAGAAUUCCUGGAUUAUCGGACAACGCCUUACCGGCGACCGAUAUGGAAGCCGCUGUUCAAUCGGUUGACCGGUACAAUAAACACGGACGAGCGAGAUUUAUUAAUCGUGGAGGUCGCGGCGUACCGGCCAUAUCUGAGGGUUCUGAAGAGAAACAGACUUCGGAGGAAAACCAUAACCACGAUCACGACAGUCAUGAUCACAGCCAUCAUGAUCAUCAUCACGACCAUCACGAUGAUCACGGCCAUCAUCACCAUGAUCAUGGGCUUCCACCUUCAACUGCACCGGACACUGAAUCCGUCCCGGCCGAAGAAGUGGUGGGUGGAACAUGCUCGGCCCGGACUGGUGGCGGGGAAGGUUCGUGCGAUGAUAUCGAGCCUCUGGAUGUUGUCGAAUAUGAACCGGGAUUGUCAGAGCCUGUGAAGUCAUCGGAGGAUAAGCCCAACGAGAAAUCCAUGCUCCACGGCGGCAUGGUUGUAGCUACGAAAUACUGGUUGUUGGUUGUAGCGGAAUUCGAAAAGGUGUCUGCGAGUUUGCGCUUGAUCGGGAUGAUGAUUUUCGCUGCUGCGGCCACUGUGUUUUUGGGCGUGGCGUCCAGAGAUCGGAAUAUUAGAAAAGCCCUGGAACGCGGUUUUGAGGAAUACGACCAUAAAAAAGAUACGGAAUUGAUAGUAUUACGUGAGCAAGUACAGAAGUUAGUGAAAGAGAAACAGGAAACGGAACGGGCGAGAUCGAUGAUUCUUCCUAUUCCGCCACCGGGUAUCAUACCAAAACUCCCCGAUGGGCCGCCAGCGCCGUGCUUAGAAUGCAGUAAUUUAAGGAACAGCGCUGUGGGAUUAAAGAAAACAAUAACCGAAAAUGAACAGCUUCUGAAAGAUCACCGAGAAACACAUGCGAAUUUAUUAAGCAAGAACAAUGAAAUGAUGACGGAAGUGGUACUUAUCAGAAAAGAGCGGGAUGAUUUGCGCCGGGAACUGGAUGGCACAAAAUCAAGACUUAUCGAAAUGGAACGAAGGCCGAUCGGAGGGGCGGUUACUAACGGUUAUGAUGCUGCGAAGGAGGCUGAACUUACUUCUCUUCGUAUUAGCCUGCAACAGUUGCAAUCCGAAAACGAUGCUCUACGAACCGAUAUUCAGAGUGCAUCGUCAACCGAUAUCAGCUCAACCAAACUGGCGGCAUUACAGACCGAGCGGGAUGAAGCAGCCAGCAAUGUCAGGUUAUUGAAGCAGUUACUAGGCGAAAAAGAAGAGGAGAUACGGAAAGUUCGGAGCACAGACGGAUCUGGUGGGGUCAGCGCUCGUGAACUCCAGGAGAAAACCGACGAAGCACGCAGCUACCGAAAACAGGUACAUCGUCUACAGGACGAAAUCGAGACCAUCAAGCGCGAAAGGGAAUCCCAGCUGCAGCUGCGCUGUCAGUCUUUCCGAAUUGCUGCGGAUAAAGCUCAGCGCGAUGCAUUAAUGGCUCGUCAGGAAACGAUUGUCGUGCGCCAACAGCUGGAGGAGUUGUGUCGGAAAUAUGGUGAACAGGUGCCGGCCGUAAUUAUUCCCCAAAUUUCUAAUGGGGCAGCAUCCCCACCUGGAAUCGCCACGCCUCCGAUGAUGUUUGGGGGAAUGCCGUAUCCACCCGGUCCACCACCGCCGACUUUCGAGGCCUUCAAACAACAUGUGCUUUCCCAUAGCGCCGGCUCCAGUGGCUAUAUAUCGCCCCAUAGUCCCGGACGAGAACAGGAACGCGAUCGGGUGCGGGAGAGGAAAGUUGGCAAGAAGAAUGCUCAAGAGUAUUCGCGUAAUGGAAAGGAUGGAUAUUUGGAUGAUUCUGAUACCGAACGAGAGAAAAAGCGUGAUCGAAGUAAAAGAUGAACCAGUUUUUUGGAGUGAUUUGAAUCUGACAUGCCAAGCUUGUUGGAUUGUUGGAUCGCAAAUGGGAUAGAUGCCAACUGCGUUCGGAUACAUACCUCGUUCGUGCUGUCGGGUUAAUUUAUAAGAUUUCUUUAUUAACCGGUUUCGUACUCUUGCUGACGAUUGUCGUCAGUGGUCGCUGUUGUGCUUUCGUUGGUGUCAUGUAUUCUGCUUUUCUUAUCUUUCUGAUGUUCUUUUACAAAUAAUUUAUGGCUGGAAUAUGUGAUUGUCCUUUUUUUACUAACGCAGAUAAUUACGAUGUGGAAUGUUCGUUUGAUCCGGUUAACUUACCAUUAAAAAUUGCUCCAGUA